ACCAUGUACCGUUGGCAGCUGGGCUGGAUCCGAUGAAGUCUACAAUUACAUUUCACCAUAGCCGGUCACUCUGCAAUUACAUGUUUGACCACAGAAUGUCUUGAAAAGCACAACCCUGCCGCUCAUAUGGCAGACAGAAAUAGACUGGUUUCGCGUCUGGUUGGACUUUUGCCCGGCAGAAACUAUGCUGCUUGACUGACGAAGAGAUGUGGGCUCAGCUCAUUUCAGGCUCGAGCCGCGUCUAGCGAGUUCCAGAUCCGCAGUGAACGUCGCGCGCCGGAGACUCCUCUCAAGACCGAAUGCUGAAUGGAACGCACUUUGAGAAACGGAUAAAAAAUCAUCUGCCAUCAUCUGUGACUUUGGAUGACAGCAGCUCUUCAAUUGCUUUCUAAAAAGGUGCUAUGUUGAAGUAAGGAGGACGCAGUCAGAAUGGCGACGCCGCAGAGUUCCAGACAAAGCAGCUAUUCCUCGAUCUCUGGAAAGAUCAGGAUGCACGCCAUACAGGUGGACUCGGUGCAGCGCUGGAUGGAAGACUUACGGCACAUGACGGAGGUGGAGUGCAUGUGCGUUCUGCAGUCUAAACCCAUCGGCGUGGACGAAGACGCUCCAGGUGAGCUCAUCGUAUCCGGGACGGGUGCCGUCGGCGAGCACGUCACUCGUGAUAACCUGCAGACGCUGCUGAAGAGGGCGCUGGUGGUCAGCACGGAGCUGGGGAAGAUGUUCCAACGUCUGGAGAAGGGCCGCUGGCAGCGGGUUCACGGCACGGCCGUCAGGGUCAACUGUCACGUGCGCUCGCUCAUCCAAGAGUACAGCACGGCCAGAAACGCCCCACCGGAAAUGCAGAAGUAUGAGAAAUCACUGCUGGAGAAGUGCAUGGAGCUGAACAUCAUUACUGAGAGAUGUCUUCAUACUGAGGAUGAAUAUUUCCUCAAAUCCAUGAAGGAGGCCAUUCACGAGAUCCUUACUGACGUCAGUGACUCCUUUAGCCAUAUGAUUGACAUGGCACUGGCCAAUGAGAUACAGAUUUUGAUUCAUCAGAUUGAGGAUUCUGAUAAUGUUUUUGCCAUCAGCACUGCCAUCAGUAACCUGCUGUCUUUAACUCAGGAUGGGCCACAGCUCUGCAGCAUCAUCGCUAAAGAGGGAGCUGUAGUGGCCCUUCUGAAGAUCUGCCGGCAGGACUGCUUCAGUACUCUGUAUGCGCACGCGUUGAGGACCGUGGCUUCUAUCUGUUGUGUCGAAGAGGGCAUCAGCCAGCUGGAAAAGGUGGAUGGCAUCCUGUGUCUGGCAGACAUCUUAACAGAUGGCACGUGUGCAGAGGCGACCCGAGCGGAGGCCGCGGCGGUGAUGGCUCAGAUCACCUCGCCCCAUCACACCUCCACGCAGCACCUCGCCAGCUUCCUGGAGAGCAUGCAAGACAUCGUCACAGCCCUCAUCAAUCUGUGUGAGAGCGCUUCCUGUGGUGAAGUGUUUCUGUUGGCCUCAGCAGCACUGGCAAACAUCACAUUCUUUGAUAGCAUGGCAUGUGAAAUCCUGCUGCAGCUCAACGCUGUUCACAUCCUGCUACAGGCCUGCAAAGACCGUCAACGAGUCGACACGCCGUACUCCAAAGACCAGGUUGUGACAAUCCUUGCAAAUCUGUCUGUUCUGGAGCAGUGCACUGCAGAUGUUCUAGAGGAGAAGGGUAUCGAGCAGCUGCUGGUGCUGCUGAACGAGAAGCCGUCGUCCUCCAGCGCGUCUGAGAGUGCUGCGUGCGAGCGGGUUCAACAGAAAGCUGCCGUCACACUGGCCCGUCUCAGCCGUGACCCGCUUGUUGCUCAGACGGCCAUACAGCUCAAGGCUGUUCCUCGCCUCAUCGAGUUGUGUCGGUCACCAGCGGAAAGGAACAACAGCGAUUCAGUACUUGUGGCCUGCCUGGCGGCUUUGAGGAGGCUUGCGGCUGAAUGUCCGGACAGUAUUGGGCCCACUGACCAUCAACAGCUGAUUAAGCCCAGACUGGUGGACUCGUUCCUCUUGUGCUCCAACAUGGAGGAAAGCUUCGUCUGAGGGGCAGAUUUUGUGCAAUUUUCUCAAUGUAUUUAUUUGUUACCAAAACAAAUCACCUUGGCUGAUCUGUAUGUUUUUGUAUACAACCUCCAGCCAUCUGGUAGAAAUGUAACAUGAAUCAUGCAUGACUGAAAGUAUUAUUGACAUCAGUCAGGGAUAAGAAAGAACAUACGCAGUACAACGGUAUCCACAAAAUGAAAACUCAUAAUCAUGCUGCAACUGUGCUUGAAGAUCUAAACGUUUUAAAUGUAUCACUGUGUACAUUUCCUAUUCAAAUGAAUGUAAUGGAUGUUUGAUAAUACACGUCGGUUCAGCCUAUUAUAUAAUGCUGAAAAGUAUUUCAGUAAUUAGGCAAAUAAGCAUGUAUCAAAUAAAACAAAAUUAUAUCGAAAGUGGGUCUAUGCAUAAUGCCAAUUAGAAAUAUUGCACAAAGGUCUGGAGAAUAAUGAACUAAAAUAAAGGUGUGUCUACACUGUAAAAAAGAAAGAAAGAAAUUUAAAAAAAAAAAUGGUGAAAUGCAUGGCCAAACAUUUACCAUCAAUGGAAAUAAUGGAUCAUUUUUAAGAUUUAAUUUUUAAUUUUUAUCAGAAGUGACUGCUAAACAAAAACUGUAAAAAUAAGCUAAAAUAUCUUAAUCUUUCUUUCACAUUUCACAGAAAACUCUGUCAUUUUAUAGAUAUUCUCUGUAGAAUGUAAAUCUAAUGGGAGAAAUUAACCUUUCCGAAGCCUCGAAUCAGCUGAACCAAUUGCCCAGAAAAAUGAUUCACUGUUUCAAACAGCACAGGCUGCUGACGCAACAAAAACUCAGGCCAAAAGACGCAUAAAAACAGCUUUAACGAACCCACUGCAAGUGUUUUCUUGAAAGCAGAACACAUUAAAUGCAAUUAAAAUGAUUAAAUAUGAAGUGUCUGUAUAACACGUGUGUGUGUUUUUUUGAAUAAUUGUUCAUUUUCAGGGUUGCUUGCCAGAAAGAGACUAUUAACUUCUACUCAUCCUUUAAAUUACCCAAACAUCUCAUUAAAAGAAAAAAAAAAAGGCUAUUGGCUAAGAAGAAAUAGUAACCAUAGAUUUAAAAGUUUGAGACAGUUAUGACGUAAAAAAGCCUUGUUUACUGAAAUUCCGUGACUUUGGCGGUUUGACGCAAGCUCCGAAAAAGGCCAAGGCCAAAAAUGGCUAAACACUAAGCUUUUAGUGCUCUUAACCACUGUCCCACCACACUGCAAAGAAAA